GCGCCUAGUGACUUUCUCCCUCGUCCCCGUUGCCGACGCCGUUGGCGGCACUGGCCGCCAGUUUCUCCGGGGGACACACUCGACUAUAUCUUCGCGGCGCACGUCGACGAUCUCACGUCUUCGCGAUCCCAACCGGACGAUCUGCGUGUCGUUGAUCCGUUUGCGUACGGCCGAUCGGGACGGUGGAUCUCGCGAAAGGAUCACAAUGGCUACCGCACAAUUGAACAGGGCCAGGACCGUAAAGAAGCUCGAAAAACCACGGCCGCUUAAGCUUAACCAGCGCAACUCGACCGUCGAUGGGCGGAUCACGACUGUAGAGGAUAUAGUGUCCUUAAUCGACAAUGUUGCAAUGCAACUGACCAAUGGCUUCCAUGACCGAACGCUGCAAAUGAAUGUGAUCUCUAUGUGUAGUCACCUGAAACUCUAUGCCAACCAGUUAGAAGCUAUUUACAAAGAUCAGCUGGACCGGGCCUUUGUGGCGAUCAGAAAUGGGAGCCAGGACGACAGAUUAGAUCUGACGACCAGGGUUCAUCUGCUGGAACUCAUCGAGCUGCGUGCGAAACAGUGGCGUCACACCGAUUCGAUGGACGUGUACUACAUGCAGAAGUUGUCGCAUCUAGACAAUCUGACCGAGGCGGUACCUGAUACACCUACAAACUCCUUGUCGUCCCCGUUAUUGACCUCGCCCACCUCGGCACCGAUCCUGGGGCCCGGGGAAGUGAUCAAGAAUAGCGGAAAGUUCGCGAAGCCUACGCGCAUACCGGGGAAAAAUUAUUGCAAAGACGAGGUCGUCAUUCGCAACAGCGACUCGGGAAAAGUGAUGGGAAUAAAAGGGCGGCGGGUUCACAUGAUAGAAGAGCUCAGCCAGACGAUCAUCUCCUUCCAGCGAGUAAACCCUGGAGCUAAAGAACGACUUGUCCAAAUCACGGGAACGUCCGAGGACAAGAUUCACUAUGCGAAGGAUUUAAUCAAAGAUACGAUACAACGAAAUGCAUCGCCAGUGAGACUGGAGCAGAGCCCCGGCGGCGAGAAGGGAGCGAUGGGCGGCUCCAGCUCCUCGCUCAACAGCAGCGCGUCGGACGAGAGCAAUCGGCUGCAGCAGAAUCAGCAGCACAACUUUCGUCUACGUUCGUCCCUCCUGCACAGUCUCUCCACCAACGACGCCAGCAUAGGCGAAUACAAGUACACCGUCACCGUCGGUAACCAGUCCCUCAAAAUUACGGGCUGCAAUCUCGACCUCGUCAGGACAGCAAAACUGGUACUGGACGAACACUUCUUGGGUGACUCUGAGAACUUCACCAGCGGGAUAGAGUACUUCAAUUACGAGGACGAGCCCAACUUCGCUGUAACUACCACGUCCACCCCCAAUCAUCCCCGUACGCCGUUGUCGCCGUUGGACAAUGUAAACGCUCCUGUCUCUCUAGGCCGAGAGUUAAGUGUGGAGAGCGCCGCUACGUCCUCGGAGAGCGAAGAAACUUACAAGCCUCGUCCGAUCUCUGAAGAGCGAGGCUCGACUCAACAAGUUCCAGAAGCGAGAGAACUUACGUACGAGUUUCUGCUGCUGUGCGCGUCGGGCCCGUACGCGAAGCGGCCCCCCGCCGAUUGGGCGCGCAUACAGAAGGAAUGUCCCAAUAUAGUUCGUAAGGCACCGAUUCGCUGGUUCGAACCGGAGGCGUACAAAGCCAAGCUAGCAGCCGCUGGUCCCGUUGCGAUAUUGCCGAUCGGCGAAGCGGAAACCGAUCCCGAGUGAGGCCGGAGGUCAAUUACGUCGCCUUCCUCCCGUUUUUCUCUCCCACCUUGGGGACGAGAAAUUUUCAGAGAACGACGUUGUGUGUGCUGUAACGGUCUUGUCGGUCGUAACAAGAUCAAGAAGGAAGAUGAGACAAAAAGAUACCUUCCGCGAGGGAAAAGCGCGAUGCGAGAGGCGAAGCGUACGUCGAGGAGUUUCAUUGACGAUAUAUCUUGAGGAGGCUAAAAGAUGAAAAGACGCCUUCGCCGAGCAUUCGCACUUAGGAUUCAUCCAAAUGCGAAUUAUCGGACGCGCGCUUUAUGUAAUUGACACGCUAGUCAUUAGAGUGAAAAAGAAACAAGUAUUUAUUCAUUCUAUUUAUUCAAAAAAAUUGUCGUACACGCGAUCGCUUUGCUCUUUUCGAUUGAUUACGUUACUUUCGAGCCGCACCGACACUGUACGGCACGCACGCGACUUGUGCAGCGACUCUGCCGCGGAACAAUCUCGACAGAGCGCGCAAGAAUGUUACGUUAGUUGUUAAUGACAAGGAAAAAAAGAGAAACAAGAUCCGAUUUGUUAAAAUCGCACAUUGAAAGACAGCCAUUAACUCUCGUACGUGUAGUCGCGAUAGGAUUAGUGGCGUUAGACUGAGGAAAUUAGGAGUGCGCAUUCGAGAGGAGGGGAGUUUAUCUUUUGUACGCGAGAUUAUUUAUAACGAUUUUUUUUUUGCUAUUCGCCCGUAAUCGGGUCGAGGGUGACGUCUCUCGCGGUCUCGGCGGGAGAACGGAUUAAUCGUGAAAGACUAAUACGUACUUUAGGAGAAAAUAGGGUAGCGAUUACACGUUUACCACGCGUUUAUAAGAACAAAUCCCGCUUUUGUAAGUAGCAACUCUGUCCCAAAUCCCGACGGGGAUUUCAACCCCGCCGUGUAGCGAGGCGCGUUACGCGACGGGGAGUGAAAUCGUGAUUUAGCAUAGUCUAGUCUACCUAUUUCAACGUAGGAAUAUUACCUUUUCUUUGGUAUUUACUCUGCUGUGACGCAAUAACCAAAAAACUUUAGAAAACGGAGGAGAAGGAAUUGAAUUUUUUUUUCGAGAGUUUAUAUAUAUUUUAUAUACGCUAAACGGAAGCGUUCGUGUGCUACGUGCAGUAUGUAUCGGGAGGAUCGUUCUGUAACCGCCAGUUCUCGUUUAUUUCACGUCGUGUAGUAAGCAGCGUGAGACAACGCUUCGUUUGUUUGUUAAUGAAACGUGGGAUGAUGCAGAAGAUGGCUAAGACGGUUCCUUGCGCGUGGAAUGUUAUUUUACUUGAGAAUCGAGAAAUUCGUUGCAAUUCCUUUCUCGGUAGACUGAAUCCUCGAUUCGGUCUCCCAUUAAUUUGCGAUUUAGAACUCGAGCGAUUCACAAACUGCAACAAGUUACCGGUACGCUCGUCUGGUGUUUAUCAAACGAAAAGAUUUUGAUAUCGCCACAAAAUCCGAAGACGUAGGUCUAAUUCUCUGCCAAUUCUACGAUAUCGUUAACACCAAAUUCAUUUGGCCAUCGACGCGUGUUCGCGAACAAGGGACGCGGCUUCCUCCGCGCAUCGUAGGACUUUACUGCACAAUGUCUAGGACACUUACGUUCGUUUUUAAGUUUUUACACAAUUUAAUAUUUAUUACGGAUUUACACUCUACUUGGAGAUUAAAUUAUAUAUGUAUGUAUGUACAAUUUAUAUAUAAAUAAAAUCAUUUAUAUAUAAAUUUUAUCUAUAUACACAUAAUUUAUUUCUAUCGUCUCUAACUAACUGAGCAGUAAUGUAAUAGUACUAUAAUGCAUUAUUGUACCUUGUCGUUUAUAAUAAUAAAUCAGCAAAGUCAGAGACACGUA